AUGGAAAAUCAAUCCGUGGGCUCCUCAAACAGCCGACGCGAAGAACCUGAGAUCUACUCUGGAGGCGACGAGUUGAGUAGAUACGAAUCUAAUGUCUCUGCUUCAAGAACAUUGAGCCGUCGUUUGACGGGUGCUGAUGAGUUGAUCGAAAAGGCCAAAGAAAGCAAGGAACCACUUCCACAAAUGGGGGGAGGAAGACCAUAUCCACCAACCUUGCCUGAUAGAGAACAAUUCAUAGUAAGCUACGAUGGACCUGAUGAUCCUAUCCAUCCUCACAACUUUCCUUUGAGAAAAAAGGUAAUUUUCUGCUUUAUUGUUGGGUUCAACGCGUUGGGGAUUGUGUUGGGUUCUGCCAUGUUCUCAUCUGCAUCCGCCCCAGUCGAACUUCAAUACCACGUUGGUUCAACGGUUGGAACUUUGGGCACAUCAUUGUUCGUAUUUGGUUUCGCAUCCGGCCCAAUCAUUUGGGGUCCAAUGUCCGAGUUGUUCGGAAGAAAGAAGAUUUUGGUUUGUUCAUCUUUUGUCUACGUGUGCUUCUCGUUUGCUUCUGCCACUGCUGAAAAUAUCCAAACCAUCAUGAUAACCAGAUUUUUCGCAGGGUUUACUGGUGCUGCUCCUUUGGUGGCUGCUCCUGCUGCUAUGGCCGAUUUGUUUGGAGUCAGAACCAGAGGUCAAGCUACAUCCAUCUUCGCAAUGGUGUUGUUUGGUGGUCCAAUGAUAGCUCCAAUUUUAUCUGCAUUUAUCGUGAAGAACCCUCACAUGGGAUGGAGAUGGACUAUGUACAUCACCGGAAUUGUGGCCGCAGCUGGUUUGCUCUUGGACAUAUUUGUCCUUGAAGAAACCCACCACCCCUUGAUUUUGGUGAGAAAAGCCGAAAUCUUGAGAAGAAGAACUGGAAACUGGGGGAUCGUGGCUCCUCAUGAAGAAAUCACUUUGGAUAUUAGAGAAGUAGCUGAAAAGAACUUGACCAGACCUUUGAGAAUGUUGUUUACUGAGCCCAUCUUGUUCUUGAUCACUAUCUACAAUGCUUUCAUUUACGGUAUUUUAUACUUGUUUUUGACGGCAAUCCCAUUGAUUUUCCAAGGUAAAUAUCACUUUAUUCCAGGUGUGGCCGAAUUGCCAUAUUUGGGUAUGUUAAUUGGUAUCCUUAUUGGAGGUAUGAUCUGUGUUUUCUUUGAGAGAAGAUUCUUGAAAGCCAUGGAUGAUAAUGGAGGUAAGCCAGUCCCAGAAGAAAGAUUACCACCAAUGAUGUUGGGAGCGUUUUUGUUUGCAGGUGGUUUAUUUAUGUUAUGUUGGGCUGGUCACUACGCCGAGAGGGUUCAUUGGAUUGUCCCAACUUUGGGAGCUGCUCUUUCUGGUACUGGUUUAAUUACCAUUUUCUUACCAUGCCUUAAUUACAUUAUUGACUGCUACUUGUUCUUUGCUGCUUCUGCCUUGGCCGGUAAUACCUUUUUGAGAUCGGCAUUUGGAGCCGUCUUUCCAUUGUUUGCUAGACAAAUGUUCGAACACUUGGGUAUUCAAUGGGGUGGAACCCUUUUGGGAUGUUUUUCCCUCUUGUUGGCUCCAGUACCAUUCUUGUUCUACAAGUAUGGUAAAGCUUUGAGACAAAAGUCCAAGUACGCCUUUGACUUGUAA